CCACCGGGCAGCGCCGGCAGCAGAAGCAGCAGUAGCAACCGGAGCAGUGGCCGUGGGAGCACCGGGCAGCCCAAAUUAUUCCGCCAUGAGUUGGGGCACGGAGCUGUGGGAUCAGUUUGACAGCUUAGACAAGCAUACCCAGUGGGGAAUUGACUUCUUGGAAAGAUAUGCCAAAUUUGUUAAAGAAAGGAUAGAAAUUGAGCAGAACUAUGCGAAACAACUAAGGAAUCUGGUAAAGAAGUAUUGCCCCAAACGUUCAUCAAAAGAUGAAGAACCCAGGUUCACCUCAUGCGUAGCCUUUGUUAACAUCCUUAAUGAGCUGAAUGACUACGCGGGACAGCGAGAAGUAGUAGCCGAAGAAAUGGGACACCGAGUGUACGGAGAACUGAUGAGAUAUUCUCAUGAUCUAAAAACAGAAAGAAAAAUGCAUCUCCAGGAAGGGCGAAAAGCUCAGCAGUAUCUUGACAUGUGCUGGAAACAGAUGGAUAAUAGUAAAAAGAAAUUUGAAAGAGAAUGCAGAGAGGCAGAAAAGGCGCAGCAAAGUUAUGAAAGACUGGAUAAUGAUACUAAUGCAACCAAGGCUGAUGUUGAAAAGGCUAAGCAGCAGUUGAACCUACGCACACAUAUGGCUGAUGAGAACAAAAACGAAUAUGCUGCCCAGCUCCAAAACUUUAAUGGCGAGCAACACAAGCAUUUCUACGUUGUCAUUCCUCAGAUUUACAAGCAUCUUCAAGAAAUGGAUGAACGAAGGACCAUCAAACUUAGUGAAUGUUAUAGAGGAUUUGCAGAUUCGGAACGAAAAGUCGUUCCUAUCAUCUCAAAAUGCUUAGAAGGAAUGAUUCAUGCCGCAAAAUCAGUUGAUGAGUGCCGAGACUCCCAGUUGGUGGUAGAUUCCUUUAAGUCUGGAUUCGAACCUCCAGGAGACUUUCCAUUCGAAGAUUACAGUCAGCAUAUUUACAGGACUGUUUCUGAUGGAACAAUCAGUGCAUCUAAACAGGAGGGAAUGAAGAUCGAUUCAAAGACUACAGUGGGAAAGGCCAAGGGCAAGUUGUGGCUUUUUGGAAAAAAACCUAAGCCACAGUCCCCUCCUCUUACCCCUCCUAGUUUAUUCAUAUCCAGUUCACCUAAUGGGUCCCAGUUUCUCACACUCUCCAUUGAACCAGUGCAUUAUUGUAUGAGUGAAAUAAAAACAGGGAAGCCCAGAAUUCCUUCUUUCAGAAGCCUCAAAAGAGGGUGGUCGGUGAAGAUGGGUCCAGCACUAGAAGAUUUCAGCCAUCUGCCACCAGAGCAGAGACGUAAGAAACUGCAGCAACGAAUCGAUGAACUUAACAGAGAGCUACAGAAGGAAUCAGACCAAAAAGAUGCGCUCAACAAAAUGAAAGAUGUAUAUGAGAAAAAUCCACAAAUGGGGGAUCCAUGCAGUUUGCAACCCAAAUUAGCUGAGACGAUGAGCAACAUUGACCGCCUGCGCAUGGAAAUACACAAGAAUGAGGCCUGGCUCUCUGAGGUUGAAGCCAAAACAGGUGGAAGAGGAGACCGAAGGCACAGCAGCGAAAUAAAUCAUCUUGUAACCCAAGGGCGAGAGAGCCCUGAGGGAAGCUAUACAGAUGAUGCAAACCAGGAAGUCCGAGGACCAGCGCAGCAGCCUAGCCAGCCUAAUGAGUUUGAUGAUGAAUUUGAAGAUGAUGACCCCCUGCCUGCUAUUGGACACUGCAAAGCUAUCUAUCCUUUUGAUGGGCAUAACGAAGGCACUCUAGCAAUGAAGGAAGGGGAAGUGUUAUACAUCAUCGAGGAGGACAAAGGAGAUGGGUGGACAAGAGCUCGAAGACAGAAUGGAGAAGAAGGCUACGUACCCACAUCAUACAUAGAUGUAACCCUAGAGAAAAACAGUAAAGGUGCAGUAACCUAUAUCUAAACUCUAAACUGGUGUACUCCUUCCCAAUAUUCCACAGGAACGAGGACGGUAUAUGCUCAUAGGCAGGCAUGCACAAACCCACACAAACACACACACAACCCCCCACCCCCAGUGGGAUGGAAAACAUCAGGAGAGAUAAGGGCAUCCAAGGUUUAUUGUUCACCAGGGGAGCUCAGUUCAGGCUUCGUGCUUUGGGGAUGUGCAUGCCGCAACAGGAAAAUGUCCGCGUAACGUUUAUUUUAUGAUUUGAAUGGACUUUGGAGCCUGACCAAAUGCCUUUGGCUGUAUUUCCUGCGUGUGUCCUUAGGAGGAAUUUUGAGUUUUUUCAGCUUCGUAAAUCGUAAAGUGCGAUGCACUGGGAAGGUCUCUACGUGUUCAAAGUUUUUUUUUUAAUUCCCUUUUGCUUCAGUAAACACUCUGUACAGUUGAUUAACAAAAUAAGAUUACUUUGAAACUCUUAGCUACUGCUAAUUUUCUCAUUAGCAUUCAUCCAGUUUGAAUGGCAGCUGAUUAAUUUGGCCAAAUAAAAUGCUCAAAAUUUCUAUAUCUGGUAAAUAGUUUGUAACUUUUAUUUUUAAAGAGGAAAACAUGUAGUUUUCCAAAGAACAGAAACACAGUCUGUUCACGAGAAAUGAGGAGAUUCAAACUUUUUUUUUUUCCGUUUUAACCAUGUGUUUGCUGGUUGCGAAAGGCUUUAUUUGGACAUGUGCAGUUAUUUUCAAGAUUGUUGGGUUUUUAGUAAGGUUUAUGUUUUCAGAUUCACAAGACUCGUAGGAAUAUUCUUUGAAAAGUGCUUCUUGCCCUAUUCAUUGAUGAUUGUGUUAGCAUUUGUGAGCUAUAAAUUAGAAGAUACUUAGUGAGUUGCUUUUGGGAAAGAUUAGAAAAAUUGGGAGGAGUCAUUAAAUGGUUUUAAAAAGCCAAGCAAACCCUCCCCUCUGAAUUUAACUGCUAUGCAAUGAGGAUUGAGUAUGAAAGAAAUGCUUUUGAGCUGAGAGGAUGAUGUUCACAAAGUAGAAUAUGGCUCACUUUUACAGGUUUUUCAGGAGUUACAUUUGGGGGAUUUUCUAGGGACAUUUGGGGCAGACAGUUCAAAAUGAAUGCCCUGCUCUGUCCUCUCCAAAGACUUUCAAUAACACUGUUCUUUUCUUUUUCCCCUUGGACUGCAGGUUCCUGAAGAGGGUUUCUGAGAAAAUGGGCGAGAUGUUGAAGGAGGUUACAUGCAGCUGCUUUGGGGGAGGGUAUUAGACUUGGCAGGAUCAGAGAGAGAGAAAGAAAUGAGAGAGAGAGAGAGAAGUGAGUUGCAUGAAUGCAUGCAGACAUACAUUAUUAUUUUUCACUAACCUCAUUAGCAUUUCCAUUCGUAGUUAAAGAAUGUAUUACCGAUCCCUGAAUAUCCCCCCCCAUCAGAAUUCGUCGUGUAAAUGGAAAAAGUCAAUUGCCUCUAUUUUUUGCUUGGGCACCGAUUUUUCUCUUCCCUUUCUGUCAGUCAGAAAGGUCGCAGAGCUGAUGCCCGUUUGUCCGAACGGGAGCGUCUUCAUCCCAACUCUGUGUUCACUGGCUCUCGAUAAGGGCCCUGUCAUUUUGUCAGCAUCUGCCUGUGCCGCCUUUGGCUUUGCCCUAACUUAUUGUUGCAUGCCUAGAAUGACCGGGCUAGAUUUGUGUCAGGCAUAUAUCUGUGUAACCUCUUGUUUGUUUCCAGUGCUUUUGUCUCGUUUUACAUUAGUAGCCAAAAGCCACUUCUUUCCACCAUCUCCAGCACUAAUGUCUUCAUCCCAGUGUUCCCGUAUGCUGCUAAAACUUUCCCACUGCGACCAUCCUUACAUUCCAAUUUGGGCGUUUUCUAAAGAAGUGGUGUGAACCUCUUAAGUAUUUAUGUUGCUUGCGAAAGGAUAUCCAUCUCGGCCCUAGUCUCCAACAAGGUCCAGAGGACUCUCUGGAACACGAUCCAUCUUCAGCACCUCGCUCUGAGAAGAACCUAGUAACGAGCACUGAAAACCCGGCACGGUAACCCGCAGGAGAUACACCAUCGCCAGACCGACGACUGUUUUUCAAAAGUCAGCUGCCCACUAUUCAGAUGCUGCCUUAAACUUCGAGUGCCUCCGCCUAGUGAUUGCCAGCACUGCCACCUGACUGUAUCCCACAAAGGGCUUUUAUGUGUCGGUUCAACGUGACCUCCUUCAACUCCGCCAGGCUGAGGUGUGUCUUUUCGAGUCCUGCCGCGUGUGAUGGGGCAUUGUGACCUCUGUGCAGCGGAACUAAAGACGUGUAUCCGUCCCUUUUAGUUCACUGAAUGUUUUAACGGGAUUCCGAGGGCAAAUCGUCUCCCUCCGUCGUCUUAUCACUCUGGGGUUUAUAAUUCCUCCGACGGUAGUCCAUUUCCAAGUGAUGCUUUCGUUUGGACCAGUUGCAAAUCGAGUGAAACUUUGUCAUGAUCUGUGUGCACUUUUACUUGUAGAAUGGAAGCUUCGAUAUGUUUAUGUGUCUAAUUAUUGCCGUCUGGAGGGCCGCCCCUGUUACUUACGUUGUGAUUCUGUUGAUGGACCGCACUGGGAUUAAGUUGUCGUAGGGAGAUAGUGGGAGGGGGAUUUCUUGUACCCAGCAGACUUCAUCAGCCCCGUUCUCGGUGGGUUUCAGGGGAGGAAGAAGGUGGAAUGGCCGGUAUUUCAUUGGAUUUGAAGCAAUACUUUAAAAGCCACGGAUCUCCUUUGAAAAAAAAAAAACCCUUUCUCUUCCAGUGUUAUAUGAAAUUGUACUACCGGUGAAAUUCAAACUGAGUGACUAUUGUGUGGAAGUUAAUUCCUUAAUUAAAAUUAGUAUGCCACCAUUAUAUCGCUGACAUAGUGUACUGCCUUUGGGGCUAUUAAACUAUAAAGUUUAGAUUUUUGGAUAUUGUAUACAGGGUUAUUUAUAUAAUGUGACAUUACUCGAUACUGACAAGCUACAAAAUGUAGGGGGUUUUUUUUCCUUCCAUCUAGUACCUUUUUAUUUUCAGAUUAGCAAUGGGGAUGAAGUGUGAUCUGGCUGUCUUUGUUUUCUACACAAGGCUUAAAGCGCUUGUGGUCCCCGGCUAGUAGCCCACAGAGGUCAGGGGUUAAGGCUUCCAUGUGAGGACUAACUGUUCUUUUCCAGCCACUGUUUGUUUUCCUGAAAGCAUGACCCGCUUCCUUCGUGGAGGGGAACUGCUUCCGAUGGGAUGGUGCAACCUCUAUAUGGAUUAUUAAACAUAGGAAAGACAUUUGUACUUGCACAGGUAGUUAAUAUCAUUAUUCUGCAAAUCGGAAUGUGAGUUGUCUUGAGAAAUCUUAAAUUUUUUCAGUAAUUUUUACUCCUUUUGUGCACCUGUUGAUUUCUUAAUGGUAAUUGCUUUGUUUAAAAUAGUGUUCUCUUGUUGAGAAUAUUUUCAUGGAAUAAAACAAAUCUUUUCAUGGGUCAA